CAAUUAAUGUAUGUCAUUAAGUCAUCAUCACCUAAACACCAACAUCCUUCCAACGCUCUCUGCGACCAUUCCCACGCCUUUUCCCCUUGUUUUCUCCGCCCCCAUUGUUUCUUUCCUCUCUUUUAUAUUCUCCUCCCCACUUUCUCUUCCUUCUUCACCUCCCAUUUUCUCUCCUUUUCCUUCUUCCCUCCCCACUAGGAAGAAAAUGGCUACAGCUUUCUCACCUUCCAAGUUUGCCGCCCAACCAUUCCCUCUCAACACCACUUCUCAAAACAACCCUCUUACAAUUCCCACUACCGCCUCACCCUUCCUCGGAUCCACCCGCAAACUCAUCCGCCUCAGUUCUUCUUCCAAUUUGAAUAUUCGCCGUCGAUCUGGGACCGUCGUCGCCGUCUCCGAUGUCGUCAAGGAAAACAAAUCCAAAUCUACCCUCAAUCUGUUAAUUACAAAAGAGGAAGGGUUGGAAUUAUACGAAGAUAUGGUAUUAGGAAGAGCGUUUGAAGACAUGUGUGCUCAGAUGUAUUACAGAGGCAAAAUGUUUGGUUUCGUUCAUCUUUACAAUGGCCAAGAAGCUAUUUCAACUGGUUUCAUUAAGCUCUUAAAGCAGCAAGAUUCCGUCGUCAGUACUUACCGUGAUCACGUGCACGCCUUAAGCAAAGGCGUCUCUGCACGUGCUGUCAUGAGUGAGCUCUUCGGUAAGACCACCGGCUGCUGCCGUGGCCAAGGUGGAUCGAUGCAUAUGUUCUCGAGGGAGCACAAUGUGCUCGGCGGGUUCGCUUUUAUUGGUGAAGGGAUCCCUGUUGCCACCGGUGCGGCUUUUACAUCCAAGUAUAAGAGGGAGGUUUUGAAAGAAGCAGAUUGCGAUCAUGUCACUUUGGCAUUUUUCGGGGAUGGGACUUGUAACAAUGGACAGUUCUUUGAGUGUUUGAAUAUGGCAGCGUUGUGGAAAUUGCCCAUCGUGUUUGUUGUUGAGAACAAUUUGUGGGCUAUUGGGAUGUCUCAUUUGAGGGCUACUUCUGAUCCUCAGAUUUAUAAGAAAGGACCGGCGUUCGGGAUGCCGGGUGUUCAUGUGGAUGGGAUGGAUGUAUUGAAAGUGAGGGAAGUGGCUAAGGAAGCAAUUGGCAGAGCUAGGAGAGGAGAAGGUCCAACAUUGGUGGAAUGUGAGACAUAUAGGUUUAGAGGACAUUCAUUGGCUGACCCUGAUGAGCUUCGUGACCCUGCUGAGAAAGCUCACUAUGCUGCCAGAGAUCCCAUCACAGCACUGAAAAAAUACCUCAUUGAGAACAGUCUGGCCAGUGAAGCAGACUUGAAGGCUAUAGAUAAAAAGAUUGAUGAGGUGGUAGAGGAAGCCGUUGAGUUUGCAGACGAAAGCCCUGUUCCUCCUCAAAGCCAGCUGCUCGAAAAUGUAUUUGCAGAUCCAAAAGGUUUUGGAAUCGGACCUGAUGGCCAAUAUAGAUGUGAGGACCCAAAGUUCACUGAAGGCACUGCUCAGGUCUAAGCUUUCAAAAUAGGAGGUUGAUCAAAACUAUUUUUGUCAACUUAUUUAUUAUUUCAUGGUCACAUAUGUUUAGUUUGUGGUAGCAGUCACGCGUUCACUUGAUUUUAGUGUUUAUUGUGUACCAAGUAUUGUCUCCUUUAGGUUGCCUAUCCAUAUGAAAUUUUGGGUUCGUGACAUACUUUCCAUUUGUUAUUUUGGAUAAAUUGCUUUGAAUGGCAAACCCCAAAGCUUGGUAGGCUCUAUUUCCUGCCAUGCUCAUAGUUUGAUGGUCUUCA